AUGCGUUCCUUCCAGGCCGUCAUCGUCUUCCUCUUUGCGCUCGUCGCCGGCGUCUUCGCUGCCGAGACUGAGUCCUACGACGCCACCGUCUACAUCACCUCAACUGUCUACCGCGUCAACACCGUCACCAUGUCUGGCUCCGCUCCCAGCAGUGCCGCCAACUCGACCACCACCAUCACUGCGCCCAGCUACGCCGCCCCCUCUGUCACCAGCGCCUACGGCACCGGCAACAGCACUGGCACUGGCGCCAUCAUCAAGCCCACUGGUAACGCGACCACGCCCGCCACUCCCGAGUUCACCGGCGCCGCAUCCAGCCUGAAUGCGCCCGCGCUCGUCGCUGCGCUCGCCGCUGGUCUUGGCUUCCUCGUCCUGUAA